AUGGAAGAAAGAAAUAAGCGACCUCUACGAUUACUAAUAUUUUAUAGCUAUACACUCUUGUCAAUUGGCCUAUUAUCUCGAAUCUUGCAUUUGAUGUUUAAUUGGUAUUUUGACAUCGAGCUUCUUCAAGUAGAAGUCGUAGGACUGCACUUCAUAAACAUUUUUCUUAUCAAAAUCUUCAAGAAUUCCUCAUUGAAUGCAAAAAUUCUUGUGAUUUUAUUCUUUACUGAGUCUUAUAAUUGCUUUUGCUUUUAUGCAUCCAUAGUAAAGAGUGAAGACUCCAAUAUAUUGGCAGUUUUCGCUAUAAUGCUGAUAACAAGAUUUCAGCUGCCGAUUAUUAAAAACAAGCUUUAUUUUAAUCUGAUUCUUACCAAAAAUUUAUUGGUAUGGUGCUUUAUCCGAAUAAAUAUCUUCCAAGAUGCACAAUUUAAAAUAAUGGAGAUUAAUUUUACAUUAGGCACAAUAAUUACAUGCAAUAUAUGGCAUUAUUAUAGGACGAAUAUAUCCAUUGAGAGGUUUAACCUGAGCAAGGAACUGGAAAAAAACCAUGAAAUACUGACAUUUAUAACAGAAGCUUUUCGGGAUGGAAUUAUAGUACUUUCUGACGACCUGACAAUUGAAUUUAAUAAUAAAAAUUCUCUUAUUUCUUUUCGAGCAAUAUAUAUGAAAGAUCCUGAAAAUUGGAAGAUUAAACGCCCUAGAUAUUGUUUUAUAAAAAAUAUAUAUUAUAGGCAUUUUUAAUAUAUUGUAUAAUAAUGGCUAAUUAAAUGAUCUAUUUCUAUUGAAAAUAGCAUUCUAAAAAUAAUUUUAGCCUAUUAAAAGUGAUUUAUUUUCCAAUAUAAAACUAUUUAUAUAUUUGUAAAUAUAAAUAAUUAGCCAUUUGUUAAAAAAUUCAAACUACUUCUAAAGGAGUUAGGCUCCUGAACUGUGAAAAGACAAAUCUAUUGUCUUCUAUAUCGCAAAUUGAAUAUUUUCAAGAAAAGAAAUUGUCAGGGUAUCCUACAUCGAACUUGGUGAUAGAUGACAUUAUGUAUUGCUUUAAUGCUGCAGAUUUCUUAGAAAAGACUUUAGGCGUAAGUGUUGUAAAUAGCCGUAAUUUAGAGUGGAAAAUUCAAAAAAUUUCUUGAUAUGAUAAAAACAGCUUGCUUAUUACUAUCAGAGAUGCAACUCAGAUCAUAAGACUUGAAAAUUCAAUAGCAAGCGAUAAUAUGAAAACUGUCUUAUUGAGAUCAGUUUCCCAUGAACUUCGAACCCCACUUAACGCCAUAAUAUAUUUUACUAAUGAUAUUUUGGAGAAGAAAAAUUUAAAUAUCUCACUCUUCUCCCUUUAAAAGCGAGCAAAAAGGUUUUUAAUAUAAAAAUCAUUAAAUUGAAGUCUAUCGCUAGUUCUCUUAAAUUUCAGACAGUUGCAUCCUUAAAGUUAAUUUUCAUAAAUUAAAAUAGGCUUUUCUUUUAAAAUAUUUUAAUUAAUUUUUAAAAAAUUAGCCUAUAAAAGUGAGCAAAAAUUUGUGUUCACUUUUAAAGAGGCAGAAAGUCAGGAGAAAUCGAAAAAUUUAAAGCAAUAUCAGUUUCUUCACAACUUAUGCUAUCAAUUAUUAAUGAUUUGCUUGAUUAUUCGAAAAUGCUUGCAGGAGUAUUCAGCAUCCAUAUAGCAACAUAUAUUGAAUGUUAAAUAUAAUAUAAUUAAAAUUUCUCAAUAAUAAAUUCAUUUUAAAGUCCUAUAAAACUGAAUGUCGAGUAAAAGAGAUAAUAAAAAAUGCUUGCGAGCUAAUUCAGAUGCAAUGUAAAAAGAAAAAGCUAAAGCUCAUUAUAAGACUUGAUGAAAAGAUCCCGGAUAGAGUUUACACCGAUCCUUUAAGGCUUAGUCAGAUCUUGCUUAAUUUACUUACAAAUGCUUUGAAGUUCACUAUGAAAGGCUGAAUCGAAGUGAUAUGUCUGCUUGAUAAAAAAAAUCGCUUAAAACUUACAAUAGAGGACACUGGAAUCGGGAUGUCAGAAGAUUAUCAGAAAAAACUUUCCUCUGAGUUUUCUUCAUCAGUUUCUCCAUCAAUAAGUCCUCAAGGAUGUGGCCUUGGGCUUUAUGUUUCAAAUUCAUUGGUAAAAAAACUAGGGAAUAAGCCUAUUGAAAUCCGUUCUGAGCCUGGAAAAGGUUCAGCUUUUAUAUUCAAAAUCAACAUUUUCUCUGAAAACCCAUCAAGUGACGAAUACGAUGUUUUCACAGAAAGUCUGGUUGAAGAAAAUUUAAUUCGAUAUGAUAUGAAUCAAUAUUCUAUGAGGAGAAAAAACUUUGCUCCUUCAGUUCUAAUUGUUGACGAUAAUGAAUUAAAUCGGCUUGUCCUGGGAUCAAUUUUAUUACAAUAUCAUAUAGCAUUCGAUGAAGUUGGGGGUGGAAAAGAUGCAAUUAAAAAGGCUGUUGAGAGAGAUAAGCUUGGAUGUGGAUACCGAGCAAUUAUUAUGGAUUGCGAUAUGCCAGAAAUCGAUGGCUUUGAAGCGACAAGAAAAAUCAAUUUAUUAUUUAGCAAUCGAGAAAUUAAUGAAAUGCCAAAUAUUAUAGCUUAUACAGCUUUUACAUUAGAUGAAGAUCGAGCUGCGUGCUUUGAGUGUGGGAUGGUGGAUUAUUUAAUAAAGCCUUCUACCCCUGAGAAAAUAAUUAGCACGGUUAAAAAAUAUUUAUAA